UUUUCAGUUUUUUUUCUAUGAAUUGCAUUCUACUGCUACGGCAAGGACAACAAAUUUCACGACAUAUGCCGGUGAUAUUAAACCUGAUUCUAAAUCUGAAUCCUGUUUGGCAAAUUUCUUGCACAAACCGUCCAACGCAGAUGCUGGAAAUCUGGAGGAACGCACGUUUCCGAUGAGGUGUGGGCAUUGAUUGAGGAGCUGCUAUGUCGCUGGAUCGGGGAAAUUCGGGUUGCGCCGGAGCCGCGACCGGCCUCCAAGAGUUGAGGAAGUACAGCGAACUGAUACAGAACCGGCGGCGGGAGAGCCGGGCGGCGGCGAUGGACAACGCCGCCCUCGCCGUGCUCAACUGCCUGGACUCGCGAUGGCCGGAGCGGCAGGGAGGCGAGAGGUCGCCGCCGCCCCUGCGGGAGCCACCCGCCGAACUUAAGCCGCUGCUGUUGCUGUUGCUGCGGCUGUCCCGCAGUUGCCCGUUCGACGACAUCCGAGAGAGAAGCGCGGGCAUCCUGAAAAUGGUGCAGGAUCGGAAAGUGAAGAUUCCUCGCCCUAUUGGUCUCGGUCCAAGUUCCUUCAUUCCAGUCAGAGAGAUUCUACAGGACGGCCUGGAGGAAACGGAACGACAGCUCUUUAUUGAAGCCUUUGUGUCCACUGGCCGACUGGACAAUGUAACCAUGGUGAUGGGCUUGCACCCGCAGUAUCUUGAAAACUUUUGGAAAACUCAGUACUAUCUCCUGCAAAUGGAUGGACCACUCCCCUAUCACUAUAGGCAUUACAUUGGUUUAAUGGCCGCUGCCCGUCAUCAGUGCUCCUACCUCGCCAGCCUUCACAUCAAUGAGUUCCUCCAAGUCGGAGGCAAUCCUGAGUGGUUGAACGGGUUGAACUUUGUGCCACAGAAAAUGAGGAACCUCAAUGAAAUCAACAAGAUCUUGGCCCACAGACCCUGGCUGAUCACAAAAGAACAUAUAGAGAACCUGCUGAAGACCGGUGAGAGCAGUUGGUCGCUGGCUGAGCUGAUCCACGCUGUCGUCCUCCUCACACACUACCACUCGCUGGCUUCCUUUGUUCUGGGCUGCGGUAUCAGGCCAGAACCAGACCAGGACGGCGGCUACACGUUCAGACCUCCGUCUCCAGGCAGCUGUCACUCGGACAGCUCCACCAGCAGCGGCUCUGAGGAAGCUAUCAACUGCGGUGUAAGCAGGGAAGAUAUGCGCGAGCUCGAGGCCCUCAUCGAGAGAAUGAAGUUGCUGCAGGAAGGACGCCACAGUGAAGAAGCGAGUCAGGAGGAGAAGGCAACGCGCUUUGAAAACGAGAAGCGGGAAAGUUCGUUUGUAGCACCUGCAGCGGAUGAUAAUGAGUUGUUGCCGUCGACCAACUUGUCGUGCUUUGUCGAAGAUGCGGAUUUUGGGUACAAGGAUUUCAGCACGCGUGGGGAGCAGCCCCCUCCGACGCUCCGUGCCCAGGAUUACUCCUGGGAGGGCCAUGGAUACUCCUUAAUUAAUCGGCUGUACCCGGAAGUUGGGCAGCUCUUGGAUGAGAAGUUUCAGGUUGUGUAUAAUCUGACGUACAACACCAUGGCGAUGCACAGUGGCGUUGACACUUCCAUGCUGAGAAGAGCCAUUUGGAACUACAUCCACUGCGUGUUCGGCAUCAGAUACGACGAUUACGACUACGGAGAGGUCAAUCAGCUUCUAGAACGUAGCCUGAAGACCUACAUCAAGACCGUAGCUUGUUAUCCGGAGAAAACAACCAAGAGAAUGUACUUGGGCUUCUGGAGACACUUCAAACAUUCGGAAAAGGUGCACAUAAACCUGCUCCUACUCGAAGCUCGGAUGCAAGCCGCCUUACUGUACGCGCUGAGGGCCAUCACGCGGUAUAUGACGUGACGGAACCAGACAGCUGGGUGUCAGUAGCUCCAUCAGGUUGUCCUCGUCUCCGGGAUUGCUGCGCUGGAGUGUGAACCCCUGUACGAUCCAGCCAAGAACUAACGAUUGAAAUAUAUUUUAGGGAGUAAAGUUGUCUGAACUCUAGUGAGCUGGUGGUAAGGAGGGGUGGUGGGGUGGGGGGGAAAUCGGGGAAUAACUUCAGUAUUUCUUUGCUGUGUUCUGUGCGUGCUGAAUGGUGCUGAGGAUUUGAGUUGUAAAGCCUCCCUGAACCUAGUGGCCCCAAGAACACAGCAGUCUUGAAUGUAUUCUAUAGAACUUAGUACUGUGAAACCAGGGCACUGUGACGCAGGCUAUCUGUAUCAAUACUGCCCACUGGUCUUGUAUUUAUUUAUAUUUUUGCUAUUUGAUUAUUCAGUUUUUUUUUUCAUUUCAUACUUUGAAUUACCAAAGCUGACUUUAGCAUGUCAUAUCUGGGGGGGUGGGGGUGUUGUGACCAAAAGUGGGGUGAGGGUUAGAGGGGACUUUCAUCAGAUUGCAGGUGACAAUUGUCCAGUUUGAACUCUAUUCCCCCCCAAAUGGACUCCCCUGUCACCAGAGUUGUAUCGUGCAGAAAGCUGGUCUCCCCAUGGGCAAUUCACCAACUGUUGUCCUGGCCCGGUAGAUCAAAAGGUGACCAGUUGUUGAAUAGUGAGCUGUUAGCAGCUUAUGGUACUGUUCCACCCCCCCCCCCCCCCCCCACCCCAUAGCCCCGAAGAUGCUAGCAGCUGUUUUUUUCAAUACAUUAGCAGUGAUAGGAACGGCAUCGCAGUGAAGAUGAAGCUCUGCUUUCGGACCAAAGUUACACAAAAGCAUUAUAGUUGGCAUUCUCUCAUUUAUAUCUGGGGGUUUUUAAAAAUGAACAAAAUAUUUUUACUCAAAUGUAAAUGAAGAAAAUGUUCAAGCCAUUCCCAAAAAUCCUGACCUCUGUGAAGAAUUGUUCAUGCCUUGAUUUGCACACUUUGUCCUGUUUGAAACUCCUGUUUCUGAUAAUAUUUUGCACAUACGGAUAUCUGGAUGGGUAUUGUUACUGCACUGAACAGUGUUCCUACUUAAAGUACAGAAUUUUAACAAUAACCUUUAUUUCUGUGUAGUAGGAUUUCUUGGCCAACAUCAGCAUAAGUUUUUUUUCUUCCCUUUUUCUUUAAAACAAAAUGUUUGUCUUAUUUGAGGGUAUGGGGAAGAGUCUUGUGCUGAAGGCACAAUCGCAUUCUUCCCCUGCAAUAUUCUGUGUCCUUAAAGCAGUUGUUCUGAAUCCUUGUAUCAGUGGGUUUCUCAGGUGGUGGUCUGAGGGAACCUCACCCGAGAGUGGUAAGAAGUUUGCGCUGUCAUUUCUAGACUUAAGUUCCUCUGAAAUUUAAGAUCAGCUUUGCUUUGAGCGUUGAAGCCCAAAGCCAGUGUAAAAGAACUUGGUUUUUGGUGAUGUGAAAAGCACCGGUUAAAAAACUUCAGGCAGUGAAAGAAGGGUUAACAAUCUGAUGUGUGAGAUCAAAAUCUGGAUUGUUCAACAUUUUUAAAAAAACCUGUAAAAUGAUGGACGACAAACUAAGUAAUAGAACGAUUUUUGACAAUCUGCCAAUAAUUUAACACUAAAGUUAUUAGCUGGCUCAGUACCCCUUUUUAAGCAAAUGUAUUUGUUGAAAGGUUUCUUAAUUCUGUGAUCAGUUUUAGCAUGUCCCUGUACAGUUAUUCAUUACUGGAAAUAGUACCAGCUUGGGAUAUAAGUAGGUGCUGGGGCACAGUUUUGAACCGAAAACUUCCUCCAAGUCCUCGAGCAGCAUUGGAACUACCUGGAUGAUCGGCACUUAUGAAGAAGAGGUGGGCGUGCCUUACAGUUUGUCUGGUGUUGAACACCAGUCUCUGCCUUUUCACAACAUCAAGUCUUAAUGGGUGCCAGUCUCAUCCAGUGUAGUUUCAGGCAGUGAGUAACCCUCGAGCGCUGGUCUUGCACACAAACAGAUUCUUGCUCUGUAAUUGAAGGCGUCCUUGCCUUAGGUGAUUGAGAGAUGAGAAGCAAUUUGUGUGUCAGUGAAGUGAGCACAAAUCCAGUCUGUAUAUUGAAGACAGACUUUCAGGUUCUAACCAUUUGAUAAGUGCGGAAGUUAUUUUCUGUCUGGGAACAUCAAAUUGUGCUGUGUGAUUUUACUAUCUUUUGUAAAGAUGUUUAAAGAUGCACUGGGCUUUAAUGCACUCCCUUCAUGAGAAAGCUGCUUUAAUUGAAUAAAUCACUUUCCAAAGUGCAGACAUUGAGAGCAAUCAGCAAAGAUGCACUGAGUUCAUUCAGUCUAAGCUUUUCUUCUCCACACUUUAUGCUAGUUUUUUUUAAACUUGAUCAGUUAAUGUUUCGAGCAGUAGAUUGCUUUUUUAAUAGAUUAAUGUAUGUCGACAACAAAUCGACCAAUUGGGAGUCUUCUGGAAAUGCUCUGACCCAGGUAUUGCUGCCAGCCAGCAUUGCUAAACACACAUUUCAUGUGGUUUUAGCUGCCCUUUAAGAAACAUUGAACCUACCAAGCAUUGUCUCGAUUUCGUGUGUUUUUUUUUGCUGUUGAGACCUUUAGAAGUUGCAACUUACUUUUGACUUUGAUUUCUUAAAUAAAGAUACUUUUGUUUUCCCAA